GGCACGUAUUCGUGUUUGUACGGUUAUUGCGACACCGUCCCGUCGAUCUCUGCCUGCUCUCAAGCUUUUCGUCUUCGUCCAGUCGCGUAUACGGAGCGCUUUCCCAUCUCGUAUUGUGCGUCGGUGUGCGCGCGAAAGAGAGAAGGAAUGCAGUUCGUUUGAAUCUCCUAAAUCAUCAAAAAAAAAAACUGCUUUAAAAAAGGGUUAUUUUUAUAUCGGAGUGACACUGCACGAACGGCUGCGGUGACUCCUUCGUCAUUACAAGGCCGAGAAGGAGUUGCGCGCGGGUUACGCGGUGCUUACCUGCCAUCCCGCGCGAGGACCGCACCAACGCGGCCGUCUUCCAUUCACCACUGCCUGCGGAGCUCGUCUUUCUGCUUGAUUUGUCUUUCUCUUCUUUCAUUUUGAUUCUUCCGCGUGCUGGUACGUUUGUUUUCUUGCAAUGUCGUCUCGAACCCACAUCGUUGAUUUGGGAAUGAUGUCGCGGGAGCAGCUCAUUGAAGUAGCCAAGAAGCAGGCGAACCAGAUCCGCGAGAAGAACACGCGCAUCUCCGCGAUGGAGACGUUCAUUGAGGGUGUCACGGGCACCUCCGCCGAGGAGAGUCUGCAGCGCACCUCAAGCGCCUACGCCGCCGCGUCGACGAACUCCUCCUUCGCCAGCGACUGCCCGCACGCGCGGCACCCGCUUUCCCACAGCCAACCGAACAACGACAGUAAUGCCUCUGCGCAGCUGACGGAGCUGCGGCAGCUGCUGGAGGAGGAACAAGUACAGCACACCCUGCGCAUCUCGGCACUGGAGACGCAGCUGCACGAGCGCCAGACGGCGUACGAGGCUCUACAGACGCAGGUGGAUGGGUGGAAGGCAAAGGUGAUGACCGCCAUGACAGCCGACCGGGAACGCAUUCAACAACUCGAAGGCCAGCUGGCCACCACGGACGCGCUUGAGGGUGUUGAGGCAGCGGCCCCGCCAGGUUCCACCGCGCCGAAGCAGGACGACGAGGAGGCAGAGAGCACACGCCUCGAACUGCAGUCACAGGUGGCGUUUCUCACGGCUGAACUGCAGGCGACUCGAACGGCGCUGCAGCAGGCCACCGAUCAGCUCCAGCGACGACUGUCACCACCAAUGACACCUCGCGAAGCAAGCGGCAACACUGCGGAGGCCGCACUCGCCGCAGAGCCCGCGAAGGCAUCCUCACCGCCCGUCAGCCAAGCCAUCAUCGACCCUACCCAAAUACCACCGGAGGUACUCAACGCCGCUGUCCACGACAGACUGGAAACGUGGAAGGAGCGGGCGAAGGCCACUUUGAUGCGGGAAGCACGUCACAUAGAAGAGCUCGAAGCACAACUUGCAGCCACCCAGCAGGAGCGUGAUUCCGAAGCCGAGGCGCUGCGUGCCGACGUUGCGCGGCUGGAAGCACAGCUCGCCGCUGCCCAGCA